UUCGGAAUGAAAAAGCUCGAUUAUUGUUGCAGAAAGAUAAGCUAGAAGCACUUUGUCGUGAAUUGCAAAGGCAAAACAAUUCUAUUAAGGAAGAAUGUUUAUCAAGAACACGAAUUGAAGAGGAACGCCGGAAGGCUGUGGCCGACAAAUUUCAAGCUAGUAUAUCGGAUAUACAAGAACAAUUAAAUGCAUAUCAGACAAGAAAUACCGAAUUGCGUAAUGAGAACGUUCUACAAACAAAAGAAUUAGAGGCAAAACUCGCUGACGCCAAGCGACACAAGACAGAAUGCCUCCUUGACCAGGAAAAAGCCAGAGCGGAUCAUCAAUUAGCAAGAACCAAUGAGGAGACAAAAUUAAUGUCAGAUCGGAUGAAUAUGCAUCUACAAAUGGAGGAACAGCUGAAGAAACAGGUAAAUGACUAUCACUACGACUAUUUUGGAACUUUGAGGGUCAUAUGA